UUUACUGAAUCAUUGUACAUAAUUUUAAAGGAUAACGUUGAUAUAGAAAGUAUAAUUAAUGAACGAUCCGAUGAACCACAUUAUAAACAAACUGACCGUGGGCUCAAAAUUUAUGAAUUGAGCAUAUUGGACACCGGCAAAUAUACUUGUACAAACUCGAAUCAAGAUUCAUAUUCAUUAAAUUUAGUUGUUGCAUUUGCACCUCAUUUUAUUGUUGAAAAACCAGAGGAAAUUCUCGUUAAAAAAAAUGAAAUGGUUUUGCUUGAUUGUAUGGUAAAGGGGUAUCCUAGUCCAAAAAUAUUUUGGACAAGAGAUGGAAUGGUUUAUCCUAUUACAAUUUGGACUUUGAAAAAUGUAGAAUUUCUAAAUGAAAAACAACAAAUUCUUAUAAAAGAAGUAAACUUAUCACAUGAAGGAAUUUAUAAAUGUGUAGCCAAAAAUAGAUUAGGAAUUGAACAUCGAAAAUUUUUACUAAAAGUCUAUUAAAACAUUUGUGAAUAUAAAAAUAUUUAAUUAUAAUUUAGGUCAAUUUUGUAAAAAUAUUUUAUGUAAAUAAAAACAAAAUGAAA